AUGGUAUUAGUUCAAGAUUUAUUACAUCCAUCACAAAAAUCAGAACAAGAAAAAUAUAAAUUAAAAUUAUUAGUACAACAACCAAGAUCAUAUUUUAUGGAUGUAAAAUGUCAAGGAUGUUUAAAUAUUACAACUGUAUUUUCACAUGCUCAAACUUCUGUUACUUGUGAUUCUUGUUCAAAUGUUUUAUGUAUUCCAACUGGUGGUAAAGCUAAAUUAACUGAAGGUUGUUCAUUUAGAAGAAAAUAG